GCAGCAGAAAAUGUAUUUGCGGUGACGCAGAAUGUAGCUGUUCCAAGUGGCCAGCAGAUUUCAGCCUGCGAGCUUGAUUGUGAGGCAGUAAAGAAUUUUCUUCAAACAAAAGACCCCCGGAUAUUGGCCUUCUACGAGGAGCACGGGACUUUGACUGAGAAAUGGCGACGAGUAUUGGUGACAACCACGAUCAGCUACCUGGUUGAGAAAAAGGGAUUUUACCCCAACAGUGCUGACAAACAAUUACUUGCAAGAGCCAUCGUUACACUGUUUCCAGCGCUACAAAUAAAAAUGGAAGAGGAAAACGAAGGAUAUGAACAUUUCUACGAUCCUGUAAGCCACUCUGGCUUUCUGGAAGACAAACUAAGAAAUAUCCGGCGGAGUCUGAGGGAUGACCAGCGGCGUUACCGCAGACGGGGAGGAUCAUCUGAAGUCUUGGUUAGACUGGAGGAAGUUGUGGAAAGCGAUGAGUCUGUGAAAGAAUGGAUCACUGUAAUUAAGAGGAUGAAGCCUACUCCCGAAAAUCGGUCAUCGAUAAAGAUGGGAAUGGACAAAACCUACACACACCGAAGAUACUGGAUUUCUAGUCAAUCACCCACUCUGGCAGAGAUUGUGGAACACUACCCACGCUUCAUCGACAUGCCCUAUCUGAUUGACAGCGAGUUCGCGAGGAUGUUUCCAGACAAAGCAGAUGCCUUCCUCCGCAAAUGGGAACCCACCAUCGUCCCAAAGCUUCUGAAACUCGCGUGCCUUGAGAAGAAAGAAGACUACACAGAGGAUGAGAGUGCUGAAUCAAGUAGCUUCAGAGCCCUCAGGAUGCUCGUCCAGUAUCUCCCCCCUACUGCAUCAGGACGGAGUAAAGGGUGGACCAAAUGCAGUGUAAAGGCGGCAAUGGCCUACAUGUUGGAGAUAAAGCCAAUGGGAACCAGCAUCACGUCACUUCUUCAAACCAGUGGCACGGUCUGUGAUUCGUCAAAUCAACAAAACCAUCAAUCAACCACGCUUGGAUGCCAGAUGUUGCAUUUGAGUUAG